AUGUUGACCGACCUCUGGGCCGCGCUGUUCACCGCCGGCUCAUCCAAAGCAGAGGACACCCUUAAGGAGGCGACGGCCGCGGCCGCGACCCUGGCCACUAAGCUGCAGCGCUACGUCGAGCCGCCGCCCGCGGGCUUCCCGGCCGGCCCUGCCGGCGACCAGUCUGCCGCCAUGCUUGCUGACCCCCUUGCCUUUAUUGAGGACGUGCGCGCCCGCCACGGCCCCGUGGCCGGCCUGCUGCUCGGCGGCGAGCGCGUCGUCCUAGUCAGCGACCCGGCAGCUGCCCGGCAGGUCCUCAUAGACCGAGCGGACAUCUUUGUGAAGGAGGGAACCGCCUUCUUCCCGGGCAGCGCCCUAACUGGGAACGGGCUUCUUGUCAGCGAUGGCGAUGUGUGGCGGCGCCAGCGCCGCAUGGCCAACCCAGCGUUCCGGCGCGCCGCGGUCGAGGGCUACGCAGCACAGAUGGUGGAGGAGACGCAGCGGCUGCUGCGCGGGCCGUUUGCGGCCGCCGCCGCGCCGCAGGGCUACCGCGGGGGCCGGGCGCCGGGUGGCGGCGGUGGCGGGGUCGGUGAUGGCCCUGGGGGCGUGGUGGAUGUUUACAAGGAGUUCAAUAAGCUCACCCUCAACAUCACGCUCGCGGCACUCUUCGGCCUCUCCACCGACGACGACCGCGCCGCCGGCCCCGCGGCCCGCGGCCCCGCCGCCGACCCCAGGGCCGGCCCGGCCGCCGCCGACGCGGCGGCGCGCGUGGUGGCGGCGGUCGAGCGCGCGUUCGCCUUCUUUGCAAACCGCGGCGCCGCGGCGAUGGUCGUGCCGGAGUGGGUGCCGACGCCAGACAACCUCGAGUUUGCGGCGGCGGUGCAGGAGCUGGACGGGAUGGUGUACGGCAUCAUCGGCCGCCGCAGGGCCGAGCUGGCGCGGCAGCGGCAGCAGCAGCAGCAGCAGCAGGAGCAGCAGCAGCAGCGGCAGGCGGAGGAGGCGGAGGAGGGGCCGCGGGCGGGUGGUGGUCAGGGGUGGCCUGACCUGCUGCAGGCCCUGCUGGAGGCGGCGGACGACGACGGCGAGGCCCAGGCCGCCGCGGCCGCGGAGGUCGCCGCGCUGCUGCCGCCAGGCCGCCCGCCGCGCGCGGCCGACGUGGCGCGCCUGCCGCGCUGCACGGCCGUUGUGCUGGAGGCUCUGCGGCUCUACUCCCCCGCCUACAUGGUCGGGCGCUGCGCCAGCGACGACGCUGAGCUGCCGGGCGGCUACCGCCUGCCGCGUGGCACGACAGUCCUCGUCAGCCCAUACCUUUUGCACCGGGACCCAAACUACUGGCGAGAGCCGCUGCGCUUCUCGCCAGAGCGGUGGGACGAGCUGCUGCAGCCGCAGGCCAGUAGCAGCGGCGGCGGCGGCGGCGGCGGCGGCACGCCCGCUGCAGCCGGCAGCAGCAGCGGCGGCGGCAGUGGCGGCGGCGGCUACUCCUUCGCGGCGGCGCUGCGGGAGAUGGGGCCCAACGGCGCUUACGUGCCUUUCGGUGGUGGGCCCAGGAACUGCAUCGGCACUGGGUUUGCCAUGAUCGAGGCGGUGCUGGUGGUGGCCGCGCUGCUGCAGCGCUACGAGCUGCGGCCGCCGCCCAACGGCGCCUUCCCGCGGCCCAAGGCGCUGCUCACGCUGCGGCCCGACGCAGUGCCGCUGACCGUGGCGCGGAGGGCAUAG